GUCUUCUUACUAUUACUCUUGCAUGGCUCAUUGCCCCUCGUGUUGGGAAGAAACCAGCUUGAGCAUGUUGACAUAUCUGCAGAUGAAAUUAGAACCUUAAAGCAUUUAGCAAAUUGCACCACCACAAAUGCAGCCUAGUGGUCCCAGCAGUGUGACUCUUGAUCCCGCCCACCUCUGCACCACCACCACCGUCGCCAUCAGCCCUUCCUUUGACCAGGACCGCAUGUGGCUCAAUGGCAAGGAGAUUUCCCUUGCUGGAGGCAGGUUCCAAAGCUGUCUGAAGGAAAUUCACAGUCGUGCUUGUGAUGUUGACGAAGAGGAAAAGGAUAUCAAAAUUGCAAAGAAAGAUUGGGAAAAUUUGCAUUUGCAUAUUGCUUCCUACAACAAUUUCCCUACUGCGGCUGGGUUGGCGUCUUCGGCUGCUGGGUUUGCUUGUCUUGUUUUUGCACUUGCAAAGCUAAUGAAUGGUAAAGAAGAUCAAAGCCAGCUUUCUGCUAUUGCAAGAUAAGGUUCAGGCAGUGCUUGUCGUAGUUUAUAUGGUGGCUUUGUCAAGUGGAUCAUGGGAAAAGAUGAGGAUGGAAGGGACAGUCUUGCAGUUCAACUGGCAGAUGAGAAACACUGGGAUGAUCUUGUUAUUAUUAUUGCAGUGGUAAGUUCAAGGCAGAAGGAAACAAGUAGCACCAGUGGAAUGCGUGAAACUGUCGAAACAAGUUUGCUAUUAAAGCAUAGAGCAAAGAUUAAAAUUACUAAGGCUGAAAGGGAUGUGGAUGCGGCCAUUAUUGAUGAAAAAGUUGCGGUUAAGAUAGGACCAGGUCAUUAUGAACCCCCAAGUGGGCAGCAAAAAUGGUCUUCAGCCUGCGAGGGAAAAGAGUACAAGAAGAGAAAAAGCUAUUUCUUGUGGACCUUGGAUUAGCCACUAAGUGGCGAGAUAAUACAACUGGCUUGCAUGUUGAGUAUGAUCAACGUCCAGAUGUUUUCAGGGGAACUGUUCGGUACGCUAGUGUGCAUGCUCAUCUUGGUAGAACUGGUAGCAGGAGAGAUGAUUUAGAAUCUCUUGCUUACACACUCAUUUUUCUUCAACGUGGUCGGUUGCCUUGGCAAGGAUAUCAGGGAGAAAAUAAAGGAUUCCUUGUAUGCAAGAAGAAAAUGGCCACUUCCCCAGAAACUCUUUGUUGCUUUUGUCCCCAGCCUUUUGGGCAGUUUGUUGAGUAUGUUGUAAAUUUGAAAUUUGAUGAAGAACCUAACUAUGCAAAAUAUAUCUCCCUUUUCGAUGGGAUUGUUGGUCCAAAUCCUGAUAUCAGGCCAAUAAACACCGAUGGUGCUCAGAAGCUUAUAUGUCAGGUUGAACAUAAGAGAGGGCGAUUGACCGUGGAGGAGGAAGAUGAUGAACAACCAAAGAAGAAGAUUCGAAUGGGGAUGCCUGCAACACAGUGGAUUAGUGUUUACAAUGCUCGCCGGCCUAUGAAGCAAAGAUAUCACUAUAAUGUGGCAGAUGUAAGGCUUUCCCAACACAUUGAGAAAGGAAAUGAAGAUGGGUUAUUUAUCAGUAGCGUGGCUUUCAUGUUCAAACCUUUGGGCCCUUAUUAUGGAUGCUAGCACGGGCUUUAAUGCUCAUGUUUAUGAACUCUCACCCUUUUUUCUUCACAAGGUUGAAUGCAUUUUAUUUGAAUCUAGGACAGUUGUCUGACAUAUAAAAUCAUACGUGUUGGUUAAAUGCCUUGCUUGUGUAACUUCACUGUGCUGUAUAGAUAUUAA